CAGCUGUUUGCUUCCAACCUCACCAGAACGUAUAGUGAGUAAACAAAGUGGAACUGAUGUGGAGGGGUCAUAGUAAGAGAGAAUGAUGGGGAGCAUUUAUAGGAGGGUUGGUGUGAGAAGCUUUAAAAUGGUCAGAGGAGGCUACGUGCCAUCUUCACUUUCACAUCUUAUUCUGAAUGGAGAAAACAAUGGAGGAGAAGGAGCAGCGGUGGCAAAGCAUACAAGUAAGAGGAUUGAAUUUCUCUUACGGUGGAGAGGGGCAACCAUGGUUUAUUACUAAUUUCAAUCUGGAUCUCCCCAAGGGAUCUAGGCAAAUCCUCGUUGGUGCCAAUGGCUCAGGCAAGACGACUUUACUAAAAAUUUUGGCGGGCAAGCACAUGGUGGGAGGCAAAGAUGUGGUUCAAGUGCUAGGUCGUUCAGCAUUUCAUGAUACUUCUUUGGUGUGCAGUGGUGAGCUUGCCUACCUAGGAGGUUCUUGGAGCAAAGCUGUUGGGUGUGCGGGGGAUAUUCCACUCCAAGGUGAUUUUUCUGCAAAAGACAUGAUUUUUGGAGUGGAAGGGGUAGAUCCUGCUAGAAGAGAUAAACUAAUUGAACUUCUUGAUAUUGAUCUUCAUUGGAGAAUGCACAAAGUGUCUGAUGGUCAGCGUCGACGUGUACAGAUAUGCAUGGGUAUUCUUCAUCCAUUUAAGGUUUUACUGUUAGAUGAGGUCACAGUUGAUCUGGAUGUUGUGGCAAGACUGGACUUGCUUGAUUUCCUUAGAGAAGAGUGUGAACAGAGAGGUGCAAGCAUCGUGUAUGCAACACAUAUUUUUGAUGGUUUAGAGUCAUGGGCUACUCAUAUUGCAUAUAUCAAAGAUGGCAAACUGAAACGCUUUGAAAGCUUAUCAAAGCUGGAUGAAAUGAAAAAUGCUAGAAACAUGUUUGAAGUCGUUGAGUCAUGGCUUCGGGCUGAAAGCAAUGACAAUGAUAGUGAAGUUACUUCUCCAGCUAUCCAGAGCAAUAUUACUCGCCCAUUAGAUCUCUCACCAUUUACAUCAAGUAGGCAUAUGGCUUAUUAUCGUUGAAUAGUUGGGGAAUAUAUUAUAAUUAUAAUUGUUAUCUUCAAUUCAUGUACAAUUUUUAAAACUUGAUUGAUUGAAAGUUCAGAAACCUAGUUCUAUUGUUAAAGAGUUUUAGGCGUCCACAUUGAAAUUCUCAAAUGUGAUGAAAUUUGAAAAUAAAAUAUAUGUGAACACUGCAAAUAAAGAGGAAGGAGUUGUAAUGCAUAUUAUGCCAACCUUCCCUAAGUUUGCCUUACUUACUAUUGUGUGGUCAUUGGUAUCUUUGUAGUUUCAAGCAUCUUAUACUUGGCUACACCCAAUAUAUAAGUGGCUCUCAGCACCCUGUUACCCAUUUGAAUAUUUGUAGUGUUAAGCAUCUUAUCUUGGCUAUACUCAAGUUUCUCUCACCAUCCGUUUUACCUCAACCUUGAAUUUGAAGUGUGUUUGGUGAAUGCCUUGUGCAUUCCAAUACACGUUUCAGUUAAAAUUUAAUCCCCAACGUGUGGGAUAUAUGUAAGUUCCAAUUUUUUGUCUGUUACAGUUGGCUUGGUAGUACAAUGUC